AGAUCAUAUUCUUAUCGAUAAGUAAUAACUACCGACUACCUCUUUCCAAACCGCCGUGUCGUACCUCUUGCCUGUACUUUUACUUUUUCUAAGCUUAAGCUUAAGCUUAACACCAUUGUCGGCGCUUUUUUAAACAAGCCUUUGCUUCCUCACCAUUCCGAAUAAGACGAGAAAAAUAUAAUUGACACAAUACGAAAAUACGAAAAUGUCAACGUCACAAGCAACACUCAGCGCAGCAGCCGACGAUCGCAAGGCGCGACUUGCUAAGCUCAAGAACCUAAAGCGCAAACAACCCGCCGACGAGAUCGCGCCUCCAGAGUCAGAACGUUCAGCAUCGCCACCUAUAGCGCCCGCAUCUGUAUCCGCAGAAGAAGCCCAGAAAACCGCGGAAACAGAAGAUGCCGUAGCACGUCUUCACCUAUCAGGCCGCAACUAUGACCCUGAGAUGAGAGGCCCGAAGCUAGGGUUCGAGGCGCCGCCAACACUGGGCAUGGAAGGGCCGACGCUGGAAGAACAGGCGGCCGAGGUGGAGGCCGAGAUCAAGCGGAAAGCUGCCGAAGACGCAAAAGACGACAAGGGCGUCGACCUGUUCAAGCUCCAGCCGAAGAAACCGAACUGGGACCUUAAGAGGGAUCUAGAUAAGAAGUUGGAGAUUCUCAAUGUGCGAACAGACAAUGCUAUUGCGAGGCUGGUUAGGGAGCGUAUUUCAAAUGCCCAGGACGCAGCGAAGAAGGCGGCCAAGCCUGUGGAGAAUGGCGACGAGGGAAGUGUUGAGACAGCAGGCAUGGAUGGUGUUGCGUUAGUUGAGGGUGUACGGGUACGAGAGAGGGAGGAAGAGGAAGAGGAGCGGAGAGAACGCGAGGAUGAGGAUAAUGAAUGAGGAUAUCGUGAGGAAUUGAAUUUGCAUGGCUACGGCGUUUGGUUUACAGCAUUGGGGAAAAGUGGACUCAAUUACAAUAUAUGUACUCCGUAAGCUUU